AUGAACCUCGAACAAUACCAAAGCAAACAAGGCCGGGGUGCAGGGAGCGGCGGCGUGCAGGGAGCGGAGCGCGGAGCACGGCUGCUGCCCGGCUGCUCGGAGCGGAGCGCAGGGAGCCCCGUGAGGAGCCCGGCAGCCCCCGGGCUGCACGGAACGGAGUGCAGGGAGCGGGGUGAGGAGCCGGGCAGCCCCCGGGCUGCACGGAACGGAGCGCAGGGAGCCCCGGAGCGGAGCGCAGGGAGCGGGGUGAGGAGCCGGGCAGCCCCCCGGCUGCAGGGAGCGGAGCGCAGGGAGCGGGGUGAGGAGCCCGGCAGCCCCCGGGCUGCAGGAAGCGGAGUGCGGAGCCCGGCAGCCCCCGGGCUGCACGGAACGGAGCGCAGGGAGCCCCGGGUGCUGCUCGGCCAGGAGGGGCCACGCUCCGGCGAGAAACGGGAGCGGGAGGCAAGGGCCUCUGCAGCAGCGCCAGCGGGGAGCCCGGCGGGCUCCAGGCGCAGGAGGCAGCGCGGUGCGGACGCCGUUCCGUGCUGCCCCGGCUCCUGCCCGGAGCUGAGCUGCUCGUCCUGCUCCCCUCACCUGCGUGCAGCCCGGACCGGCGCCGCUCGCUGCCUGCUGGAUUCACGGGGAGGGCCGGAGGCCUCUGGCAAGUAUCCCAGGGAGGAAGGCCAAGAGCCAGGAGGCAGCGGAGGGGGAGCGCAGGGCAGCCCCCGCUCGCUGCAGACGCAGCCGGGCGCGUCCCAGCGCUUCGAACGCUGCGCUCGGCGCGGUGGGAGGAGGCAGGGGCUCACCCGGGACACGGCGGCAGAGAGCAGCACCAAGCCACAAGCCAGUGCCUGCUACGAAGCACAUGGGAGCCAUGAAACCACCACCCAUGCUCCAAACGUCUCCAGUGAGUGCCUGGGGACACCACAGCCCCACCAGCAGAAGCACAACAAAGCCCCUCGCAGGCGCUCCACCGGCAGCUGCCAGCCGCUCGGGAACGGGCAGGCGGCCCAGGGGCAGGCGCGGGAGGCCGGCGCAGCCCCCGGGCCCUCUGCCCCGCUGCCGGGGGGGCGGCCCCGGGGGCGGCGGCAGCGCGGCCGUGACAGGCACCAACAGGUGCCGGCGGUGACAGGUCCCCCCCGGCCCGGCCCCGCGGGUCAGGCGGCGCCGGGCCGGGCCGCGCUGACAGGCGGCAGCGGGAUCGGCGCCGGGCCGGGCCCACAGAGCUGCCACCGCGCCGCCGACGCGCACCACCCCCGCCCGCUCUCCGGCAGCGCCGGGCCGGGCCGAGCCGGUGAGGGCGGGGACCGGGGGAGGGAGCGCGGCCAGACCCGGCCCGGCCCGGCCCGGCCCCGCGCCGCCCCCUGCCGCCGGCCCCGCGCCGCCGCCGCCGUGCGCUGCGGGCUGCGCGCGGGGUCCUGCCCGGCCCGGCCCGGCUCGGCGCGGCUCCCACAAAGCCCUGCGGAGCGCCGCCGAGCGCGGUGCGGCGGCCCCACGCCGUGCCCGCGCAGGGCUGGAGCCCGCUCCUCAUCCCACGCCUGUGGGCCCGGGGCAGACCCCCACCGUGAUCUGUAG